AUGGCGCGCCCGAUUCAAGUGAAACCCGCGGACAGCGAGAGCCGUGGAGGGGACAGGAAGCUCUUUGUGGGCAUGUUAAAUAAGCAGCAGUCUGAGGAUGACGUGCUCCGGCUCUUUGAACCGUUUGGGGUCAUUGAUGAAUGUACGGUGCUCCGCGGACCUGAUGGUAACAGCAAAGGCUGUGCUUUUGUAAAGUUCUCAUCUCACACAGAGGCUCAGGCAGCAAUCCACGCCCUCCAUGGCAGCCAGACAAUGCCCGGAGCCUCCUCCAGUCUAGUGGUGAAGUUUGCUGACACAGAUAAGGAGAGGACCCUCCGUCGUAUGCAGCAAAUGGUGGGGCAGCUGGGGAUACUCACUCCAUCUCUCACCUUGCCGUUCAGCCCAUACAGCGCCUAUGCGCAGGCU